GAAUCCUCAUUGCGGGUUACUGCAGCUGUAAUAGUACAGAUCAAGGUUAAAGUAGCAAGCUUAUUUACAACAGCAUCUCCAAUUAUGUCAAAACUAUAUACGUGAUAUCUGGCUCUCAAUACGUAUCUUGAAAUUAGGAUUUAAUGAUUGUUUGUUUAUGUUGCGUGGCUCUGACGCACUGCUGCAACUGUCUGUAAUGCUGAACACCACAUGCAGGCAGCUUUCUUGUUACAAUUCACUGAAGGGUAACACAGCGCAAAGCAAUAUAACAACCGCUUAACUGACAACUGGUACCCGCUUGUACUGCAAGAGGGAUAUCAUGGAUAUAAAAAAACCUGAGUUAUUUGGUACCUCCGGCUUAAUGGAAGAUUCAAUAUUCAAGAGCACUGUUGUUGGAGAAUCUGAAAAUGGGGAUGGAGGUGACAUACUAGAAGAACAUGGAAGGAAGCUGAGGGAUGACUUUUCUAAGUUUGACCAAGAAGACAUUUUCAUGAAAGAUCGGCGCAGGGCAAAAUCGCUGCCCGCAUACCCCGAACAGGCUACUCUGUUUAACAAUUUAACUCAAAGUUGCAGGAAGAGAGUACAGUUUGCAGACUCACUGGGUCUCACUUUAGCCAAUGUCCGGCAUUUCAGCGUCACCGAUGACCCUCAGAUUCCGUCGAAAGUUUUCUCAAGGCUGCAAAGUUUCCCACCGCAACAAGACAGGGAGCUUCUGGGCGAUAUAUGCGAAAGGUUUGCAGCUAGUUUCCAAUUAAAUUGUUUAACAUGUGCUUUUGAGCAGCCUGGUGAAAGCUGUGGCUUUGAAGACCGAGUCAGAGAGCAACGUGUGUCUUUGGAGAAAAUCACGACAUUUCACUUUGACAUCCGUGGUUUGAUUAGAGUUUUCAACUUUGGUUUGAAGAAAGAAGUAUCUGUCAGAUACACUUUUAAUGACUGGCUGUCGUUUGUGGAUGUCCAAGCCGUGUUGGUGCCGGGGUUCGCCACCGAAGACAAUGCACAGACCGAGCAGUUUGGUUUUACGCUUUAUACCCCCCCAUUCCUGGAUCAAAGCUCCAUACAGUUUGCCAUCUGCUAUAAGACGGAGAACGGAGCAGAGUACUGGGAUAACAAUUUCGGCCAAAACUACACUUUGAGAUAUUAAUACAUACCUUUGUAUUCUGACUGCUCUUUUAAACAACGGAACAGAGACAGGAUCAUCAAGAUUGGCGUGUUUCCAGCACUUUGGAACACAUAACUGGUUAUUUGCUUUGUGUCAUUUAUUGACUGGAAUGUAUAUGACAAAUACAGCAAUUAAUUAAUCAAGCUGCUACACAAAUGGUUUCUUUUUUUCUCCCAGGCACAAAAAACAAAUGUUAAAUUGUCGACAUUUUUGAGAAAGUGCCCCUAAAUAAUAACUUACUGGUUUUAUUACAAUUUAUUUUGGAGGAGUCUUAUUUUCACCUAAAUUAAUAUUUAAAUACUACAAAAUACAGUAGAAUAAUGACAGCACAGCAUUGUAAUCUGGCAUUAAAAUAUAUGAUCUUUUGUAUUUGUUACUAUAAAAUCUGGAGGCUGUGUGGUCCAGUGGUUAAAGAAAAGGGUUUGUAACCACGAGAUCCCCGGUUCAAAUCCCACCUCAACCACUGACUCAUUGUGUGACCCUAAGCAAGUCACUUAACUUGCUCUGUCUUUCGGGUGAGACGUAAUUGUAAGUGACUCUGCAGCUGAUGUAUAGUUCACACACCCUAGUCUCUCUAAGUCGCCUUGGAUAAAGGCGUCUGCUACAUAAACAAAUAAUAAUAAUCUGCUAUCCCAAACUUGGGAAAACAACUUACUGAAAACAGGACGUGCAUAUAUUAAUAGCGUGUAAAUGAUUUAAUGCAGUGGUUAAUACAUCUUAAUAUUCUUAAAAUAAUAUAAGGCAUUAGCAUAUCCUCUCUAAACCUGAGUAAAUUACUAUUAUAAAGAUUAACAGGUAGAGAUUUAUUAUUGGCUACGUUAUAGCAGACAUUCUAUUAAACACGGCUAACUUGUAAAAAUAAAUAAAUAAAUACAUAAAUAAUGUUAAUUUCUACCCGACAUGGCUCACAUUAGCAAGCUAGUGUGGAUACUACUGUAAACGCUUUGGUAUUUCCUGUAAAAUAUUACCAGUAAAACAACAACAAAAGCAAGUUGGAUAAGAAGGGUACUCCUUUUCAUGUUUUUCAUUUGUUUAAAUAUAUGGGAUUGCUUUUCUGAGCUAGUAGUUGGCAGAACCACCAAGUGUUGCAGGGAUUACAUUUUAGUUCAGAGAAUGACAGAAUAGCAAGAAACAUUCGAGGGACUAGAAUUGUAUGCUUGCUGGUGUAACUUCCUUUAGGGAAUGCAAACAAACUGAAACAUCAACAGGGUCUGUUUUCUGAUGAAGUGUGCAAAAUAUUGUAAACUGUCACCCAGCAAUCAUAUUUCUGUGUAAAAUUGAAGAAUGUAACUUUAUUACUGCACAGCAUACCUGUGGGAUAACUCAAUUCUCGAAUCUACCAUCAUGUUUGUUUCUAAUAUUUAAAAUGACAUUUAAUCUUAUAUUUUAGGAAAUGAGUAUGGCAUCUUCCAAUUAAAAAAAAAUACUAAUGUU